GAAGCACCGAAGCGAAACUUAGAAGGAAUCCUGCCCUCCCGGAGCCACGGGCGAUGCGCUUCGGCCCGCAGGGCGCCGCCGCCGCCCGCCCGGCUUCGCCCUUCCCGGCAGUCGGGAACUUGUUCUGAUCCUCGGCACCCCCGUCGAGUCCCCGCUCCCCAACCCUCGGCAUCCUGGAUAUGUUUUCUCCCAGACCUGGAUAUUUUUUUGAUAUCGUGAAACUACGAGGGAAAUAACUGAGGGCCUUCUUCCUAUCUCCCUGCUUCUCCCCACGGACAUGCCUUCUGUUUGGGGGGCCAAAGCGAAUGAACCCCCCCGGCCGCGAGGGAGAGAAGUGAAGGGAGUUUCUGCGGCGGAAUGAAAGCUCUGCAGCUCGGUCCUCUCAUCUGCUAUUUGUCCUUUCAAACUGCAUUGUAAUACGGGCCAGAUAAGUCAGACGAGAGAGGGGACUAGCCUCCUGGCUGGAUUUCUCCGCCCGUGUUUACUUUCCAUAUUUCUUUGCUCUCCUGCUUCUCGGCUGGCCCAGGGAUGACUUCGUCGCUGCAGCGGCCCCGGCGGGUGCCCUCGCUACUGUGGACCGUCCUGCUGGUCAGCGCUGCGGCGGCCUCGCAGAAUCAAGAACGGCUCUGUGCAUUUAAAGAUCCAUAUCAGCAAGACCUUGGGAUAGGCGAGAGUCGAAUCUCUCAUGAAAAUGGAACAAUAUUAUGCUCAAAAGGUAGCACCUGCUACGGCCUUUGGGAGAAAUCAAAAGGGGACAUAAAUCUGGUAAAACAAGGAUGUUGGUCUCACAUUGGAGAUCCUCAAGAGUGUCACUAUGAAGAAUGUGUAGUAACUACCACUCCUCCCUCAAUUCAGAAUGGAACAUACCGUUUCUGCUGCUGUAGCACAGACUUAUGUAAUGUCAACUUUACUGAGAAUUUUCCACCUCCAGAUACAACACCACUCAGUCCACCUCAUUCAUUUAACCGAGAUGAGACAAUAAUCAUUGCUUUGGCAUCAGUCUCUGUAUUAGCUGUUUUGAUAGUUGCCUUAUGCUUUGGAUACAGGAUGCUGACAGGAGACCGUAAACAAGGUCUUCACAGUAUGAACAUGAUGGAGGCAGCAGCAUCAGAGCCCUCUCUUGACCUAGAUAAUCUCAAACUGUUGGAGCUUAUUGGCCGGGGUCGAUAUGGAGCCGUAUAUAAAGGAUCCUUAGAUGAACGUCCAGUUGCUGUAAAGGUGUUUUCCUUUGCAAACCGUCAGAAUUUUAUCAAUGAAAAGAACAUUUACAGAGUGCCUUUGAUGGAACAUGACAACAUCGCUCGCUUUAUAGUUGGAGAUGAGAGAGUCACUGCAGAUGGACGCAUGGAGUAUUUACUUGUGAUGGAGUAUUAUCCCAAUGGAUCUCUGUGCAAGUAUUUAAGUCUCCAUACAAGUGACUGGGUAAGCUCUUGCCGUCUGGCUCAUUCUGUGACCAGAGGACUGGCUUAUCUUCAUACAGAAUUACCACGGGGAGAUCAUUAUAAACCUGCAAUUUCCCAUCGAGAUUUAAACAGCAGAAACGUUCUGGUGAAAAAUGAUGGAACCUGUGUUAUUAGUGACUUUGGGUUGUCCAUGAGGCUAACUGGAAAUAGACUGGUGCGCCCAGGGGAAGAAGAUAAUGCAGCUAUAAGUGAGGUUGGCACAAUCAGAUACAUGGCACCAGAAGUACUGGAAGGAGCUGUGAACCUGAGGGACUGUGAAUCAGCUUUGAAGCAAGUAGACAUGUAUGCACUUGGACUAAUCUAUUGGGAGAUAUUUAUGAGAUGUACAGACCUCUUCCCAGGUGAAUCUGUACCGGAAUACCAGAUGGCUUUUCAGACAGAAGUUGGAAACCAUCCCACUUUUGAAGAUAUGCAGGUUCUGGUGUCUAGGGAAAAACAGAGACCCAAGUUCCCAGAAGCUUGGAAAGAAAAUAGCCUGGCAGUGAGGUCACUGAAGGAGACAAUCGAAGACUGUUGGGACCAGGAUGCAGAGGCUCGGCUUACUGCACAGUGUGCUGAGGAGAGGAUGGCUGAACUUAUGAUGAUAUGGGAAAGAAACAAAUCUGUGAGCCCAACAGUCAAUCCAAUGUCUACUGCUAUGCAGAAUGAGCGCAACCUGUCACAUAAUAGGCGUGUGCCAAAGAUUGGCCCUUAUCCAGAUUAUUCUUCUUCCUCAUACAUUGAAGACUCUAUCCAUCAUACUGAUAGCAUCGUGAAGAAUAUUUCCUCCGAGCACUCGAUGUCCAGUACACCUUUGACUAUAGGGGAAAAGAACCGAAAUUCAAUUAACUAUGAACGGCAACAAGCACAAGCUCGCAUCCCUAGCCCUGAAACAAGUGUCACCAGCCUGUCCACCAACACAACAACCACAAAUACCACUGGCCUCACUCCGAGCACUGGCAUGACCACUAUCUCUGAGAUGCCAUACCCAGAUGAAACAAAUCUGCAUGCCACAAAUGUUUCACAGCCAGUCGGGCCAACCCCUGUCUGCUUACAACUGACAGAAGAAGACUUGGAGACCAACAAGCUGGACCCAAAAGAAGUUGAUAAAAACCUCAAGGAAAGUUCUGAUGAGAAUCUCAUGGAGCAUUCUCUUAAACAGUUCAGUGGGCCAGACCCACUGAGCAGUACCAGUUCCAGCUUGCUCUACCCGCUCAUAAAGCUUGCAGUAGAAGUGACUGGACAGCAGGACUUCACACAAGCUGCCAAUGGCCAAGCAUGUUUAAUUCCUGAUGUCCCACCCGCUCAGAUCUAUCCUCUCCCCAAGCAACAGAACCUUCCUAAGAGACCUACUAGUUUGCCUUUAAACACCAAAAAUUCAACAAAGGAACCCCGGCUGAAAUUUGGCAGCAAGCACAAAUCAAACUUGAAACAAGUAGAAACUGGAGUUGCCAAGAUGAAUACAAUCAAUGCUGCAGAACCUCAUGUGGUAACGGUCACCAUGAAUGGUGUGGCAGGUAGGAACCACAGCGUUAACUCCCAUGCUGCCACUACCCAGUAUGCCAAUGGAGUAGUACCAUCUGGCCAGACAGCCAACACAGUGACACAUAGAGCCCAAGAAAUGCUGCAGAAUCAAUUCAUUGGUGAGGACACCCGGCUGAAUAUUAAUUCCAGUCCCGAUGAGCAUGAGCCUUUACUGAGACGAGAGCAGCAAGCUGGCCAUGAUGAAGGUGUUCUGGAUCGUCUUGUGGACAGGAGGGAACGGCCACUGGAAGGCGGCCGAACUAAUUCCAAUAACAACAACAGCAAUCCAUUUUCAGAGCAAGAAGUUCUUACACAGGGUGUUCCAAGCACAGUAGCAGAGCCUGGACCAUCAAAGCCCAGAAGAGCACAGAGGCCUAAUUCUCUGGAUCUGUCAGCCACAAAUGUCCUUGAUGGCAGCAGUUUGCAGUUAGGUGAUUCAUCGCAAGAUGGCAAAUCAGGAUCUGGUGAAAAGAUCAAGAAACGUGUGAAAACUCCUUAUUCUCUUAAGCGGUGGCGCCCCUCCACCUGGGUCAUCUCCACUGAACCACUGGACUGUGAGGUCAACAACAAUGGCAAAGACAGGGCAGUUCAUUCCAAAUCUAGCACUGCUGUGUACCUUGCAGAAGGAGGCACUGCCACAACAAUGGUGUCUAAAGAUAUAGGGAUGAACUGCCUGUGAAACGUCUCAAGCUUAUGAAAGGAAAUUAUUUUUUGCAUUGUUUAAACAUGCAGAAGACAUUAAAAAAAAAAACUGCUUUAUCCUCCUGUCAGUAUCCCCUCCCACCCCUGCAACAAGGACUUGCUUUAAAUAGAUUUCAGCUAUGCAGAAAAAAUUUAGCUUAUGCUUCCAUAUUUUUUAAUUUUGUUUUUUUAAGUUUUGCACUUUUGUUUAGUCUUGCUAAAGUUAUAUUUGUCUGUUAUGACCACAGAAUUAUAUGUGUGUGUAUCAAAAGUGGUCUCAAAAUAUUUUUUUAAGAAAAAAAGCAAAAACAAUGUAUUGCUGAUAAUCAGUUUGGACCAGUUUCUAAAGGUCAUUAAAACAGAAGCAAACUAAGACAGGUUUGACUGCAGUGGUGUCUGGUAUCCAUGUAUUAUUCCUGGGCACAAGCUAGUUUAUAUGUUGAUACGUUCCUGAACAUAUUAUCUGAUGGACAUUUUUUUCUCUUGCGUUUUGUUUGAACGUGCAAUAGUCUAUAGGCCACAAAUAAGCUUUCUUGUAAGGUCUCUUCCUAACAGAGCACACAUUCUUCCAUGAUAUGAACAUUUUUCUCGCCCAUCCUCCAUCAUGUUGGCAGGUCAGUUCUAUGACAGUGAAUUUUUGCACAAGAGAAAGCAGCUACCUGAUUUCUUGCUUUCUCUCUCCUUAUGGAGAAUGCAGAAACAUUGUCUCAAAGGGCUCUGAAGAAGGAACUACCAAACCUAAUUUGAAAUGCCAUUUCUUUUAUCCUUCCAAAUCCUAAACAUUUCCUUCCAGGCAUUUUAAUAAACAUAUUUGGUUCUGGUUUUGGAAGUUCAUAAGAGCAUAGAACAAAGUAGAGUAAGUCAAAUGUUAGCUGUUUUCCAUUUUAUUUUAUUUUUUAUAUGUGUUCCUGUUCCACAUUCAUUUAUUUAAGAAGCACAUUUUUAUCAGAAAACUUAUAGAGCUAUACUUAUAUGGAAUUUUUUAAGUAGGUAGAUGGUUAAGACAGUAUAGUAUUAUAGCCUUCAUUCUCUGAAUAGGCCAUGUUUGACUCAAAUAAAAUUACAUCCUGUUUAAGAUAACUUUAAAAGUAAUUCAUAGUUUUAAACCUGCAGUAUCUUUUUUAUUCUUUUCCCAAGCAAAGCCUGGUAACUUUAUCUGAAAAUAAUUCCUCUUCCCAUGACCUAAAACACUGUGUGGAAAAAUCAUUCAACUGGCAUGCCAAAUCCCUGUGGAAGGAAGGAUUGCUGCCAAACUUAUCAUUUUUAAGCAGACUGAGACUUACCUCUGUCUUUUCAAAACUGUGUGUUUCUUUACUAAUUCUAUUUUCAUAAUUUUCCUUUUGCCAGUUUUUCAUGUCAUCUUUGAUAUGUGAGUAGCAUUUAUUACUUAUAUUAGAAUGUACCUUUUAGUGAUAAUGUGUUAUAUGUUCAAAUCAUUUUUUUUUUAAAGCUUCCCUUGCUUCUUUCAUUACUGGUAAUUGUCUUUAAAACAACCUCUGCAUGUUUUUUAAAUAAAGCACUUUAUGUCAAAUAAGGGACUUUUUUUUAUAAGCACAAAUUAUUUUCUUUCAAUUUGCAAACAAUGAUGGUCUCACUUAUUUUUUUCAGAUUCUCAGAGAACUUCCUAGAUGUUAUUAGUUAAUUUCUAAGAUUUCUCUGGGAGAUUAAAAGCUAAGAGGAAAACUUGAAUCCCCAAAUUCCUGAUUUAGGUUUUUUCCUGGACAAUAUUUUCUCACUCAUAUUUCUCUAUUUGCAUCAUUUAGCUAAAGACAGGCCUAAAUUUCCGUUUACUCUCCAAAAUACUUAUGACUUACUUGUGCAUAAGGCUUCUUUUGUUUGCUGUUGGUGGUGAUCUUAUAAAACUAGAUGUUACAACAUUUAUCAUUUAUUCAGCUAAAUUGCUAAACAGGAUUUUGAAUUCUUUGAAUUAAGAUUAUCUUGCUAGUGCCCAGGAUUUCCACCUUUUAUGUUUUAUUGACCCUUCUCUUGAUUCAGACUUUUAACAUAUUUUUCAUACACCUGGAAUAAAAUUUUCUUAUUUAGUUAUUUUCUAAUCUAUGUAAUGAAUUAUUUAUAUCUUUCCUAGUAAAUUUUCAUUUAGUUCUCUUGCUUUUCAGUGUAUUUCAACUAUAUUUCAGCAUACUUUAAAAAAAUUGUAAGACAUCUUUGAAUCAAAAUAAAUUAUAUUUCUUCUCCAAUUGGAAGCAUCAAGGAUAAAUGACCAUUUGAGGUCUAACUGAUCUUUUCCUGACAGAAGAAGAGUUCUCUUAUGUUCUACUACACUGUUUGGGCCAGUUAAUUGUAAGUUUUCCUGCAGUUUUUUGAUGUUUAAUAAUAAUAUGCUUUCAAAAAUUGAUAUACCAAAUUAAAAGAACUCCUUAUAGUUUCCCAUUUCAUGCAAGCAUGUUAAACAAAUAAUAUCCUUUCCCCAGUCUUUUAUUAGUAGACUCUUGAAAAGAUAGAGUAUAGAUCAUUUUAUUAAAUUUUAAAUCCAGUUGCACAUCAGACUGAUUUACUGUUAGAAUCCGUUAAUAUACAAGCAAGCAAAAUCACUUAAAAUACUCAUUUGCUAACUUUAUUUAUCUAGUGUUUCUUAAAGCUAAUAUUUAAUUACUAUCACAAAAUUUUGCAUGUAGAAAAGCAUUUGGGUCCCUUUGAAUAAAAGUUCAUUUGUUAAAUGAAAAAAUAUUAAAAUUCAACCAUUAAAGUAUUGCAACCUUAAAAGUAUCAUAAUAGGUAAUCAAAGUCUGCUAUUAAUUCCGUUAACUAUGCUAAUUAUAUACCAGAACUAAGUCAUCGAAAGAAGUUGAUUUGAAUUCAGUUGAGACAAAAUGACUUAAUUAUAACUCCUAAAAAUGUUUCCUGUUUUUAAAUGCAUAAUUGGGAGGGGAACAUAUCAGUGUAAAAAGUUAUAGGGAAAGGAAAGGAGUAGAGUAAUACUCAUUGGCAGUUUAUUACAAACCAAAUGCUGUGGUGUGCGUACAUUAUCUCUUUUACUCCUCACAGCAACCAUAUGAGGAUUAUAGUUAAUAUUCCCGCUUUACAGAUGGGAAAACUGAAGCUGAGAGAAGUUAAGUAAUUUGCCCGAGGUCCACAUCUAAUAGGCAAAGCUGAGAUUUUAACCUCGCUUGGUCUCUUCACAUCUCUCAUCCACACCAAACUGCCUACACACUGUACAACAGGAUGUGUAAUGUGCUGAUGUUUUGUAAGACAUUCAGCAUUAAACUCCAGCAUAAUUGUGGUUUGUGUAUAAGCCAAACCGGAUACCUUAAUGACUUUAGAAGUUAGGUGAACACAAGAAGACUCGUAGACAUGUCUAUGCUCAUUGUUGCUUGAGAAAUUACUAAUUCAAGACAAAGUUGAGUUCCACAUCUGCCAUCAUGAAUCUUAAAAUCUCACUUCUCUUCACUCUUGACAUUCUUAUAUUGCAGAACUAAAGGUAAGGUAAAUAUUAUGGGAAAAAUGAAGGUGGCUUGUGGGAACAAAGACUUUUUCCUAAACUGAUUCCCUACUUGACUUGGUGAAAUUAAUUUAAUGUGGACUUUCAAUCUCAUCACUUUCACUUCAUUUUGAAAUUUCUGCUUUUACUUACUUUAGAAAAUUCUACAAUCCAGAGAACUAAUGUCCUUUUUAUAAAUCAGUUUGAAUAGCUUCCUUCCAUGUUUCUACUUGCUCCAGAAAAUGUAUGUUGGUUCUGAAUGUGAAAAGAGUUAAAAGAAAGGUAGAAACACUCAAGUAAGUGUGUUUCAGUGGGAAUUAUCACAAAAUUUGAGAAGUAUUUUUCUUUAAAAUAUUUUCUAAUUUGUCUUCUAAAGCUAAACGAAGUACCUGGUAGGCUACAUCUAUUCAGUGAAUUUUCCAUUGUGUCUUCAAAGUCAUUUAAAAACGGGAAAAAAUUUUCAACAAACUUUUUGCUUUUUUUUCUUAUUUAUAAAAAUGACUGUUUCAUUGGAGGUACUUAGCUCCAGGAAUGUGAGAUUGCAUUCUAUUUCCAUAUAACCUCUCAUAAAUGUAUGUUACUUACUACCAGUCAUAUGUAGGUUAUUACAUAACUACUCACAGACUACUUUAUGUAUUACUCUAUCUUCCAAGUUAACUUCUUAAACUUAGAAACACUGACCCAUGUGUUAGCUAAUUAUCUAGACCAAUUAUCCUAGAAAUUGUGUAACACUCCCACAUAUACCCCAGGAGUCUUUUUCAGACUGGAAUGUUUCUAGAUAUUCAUUCCUUUACUGUCAGUUUUCUCUUCAGCAGAUAAAAGUGCAUUUUAACUUUUAGAUUCUGAACUAUGCAAACUUUAGCCAAAAACAACCUUGCAUGAUCCAUUCCUAAGUAUACUCCUUGAUUAAGUAACUGGCAAAUCACUGUUUGAGCUAAUUUACACAAAUUAUUAUCAAAAGAAGGCUCUUCUACAGGUUCCCAGAUUAAACUAACAUACACAAGAAGAGGAAAUCCCAGGGCACUCAUGCAACUACCCAUUACUUUCCUUACUUCACCUCUUAGUUUCUGUCUCAUUUACUCUGUCCCUUGGUUGUCUGACUUGAAAUCUGUCAAGAAGUUUUCUUCAUAUCUAAUCUGCUUCUUUCCUGUUUCAUUUUAUAUCUGUUUCUCUUAUCAGUAGUAAAGUGAAAGAGUAGCUUAUCAUCUCAAAUGUUGUCUUUCUUCAGUAUGCUUCAGGCUUCUCAACAUCUAAGUCAAGUUUUCAGACUAAAUUGCUUUGGUUCCUUUAGCAUUAUCUCCUCAGUCUUUUUUUAAUAACUAUGUCUAAGAACACUUAAAAUAUUUUGUUAUAUUCAAAUUCAUUACUCUAGUUAAGUAAUAGUUCAGUAGGAUAGAAUUGAGAAUUAAUAUGUUUACCAUUUGACAGUGGAUCCAACCAUCAGAUUGUCAGCAAAUCAGCACUUAAUUUAAGUUUGUAUUAUCUAACAUUUUCUAUUGUGGAGUUUUACGAUUUUAUAUUCUCAUUAGUUAUUACUAAAAAGCCAUGCAUACAGAAUUGUUUAUCAUUUUACUAUUAAAUUUUAAAAUCUUUAUUGUAGCAAGCUUAGCAUUAUGAUUGAACCACAUUUUACAUACUUCUUUGUAUCAAAUAUUAAACACAAAAUGCAAGAUUAACUUUCAAAAGCAAGCCCAACAAUAAUCAGUUUUUAUCUGUGUACAUUUUUGCAGACCACUUUUGAAAUACUCAUCAUUGUUUUGCAACAUAGACUGGACUAUAAAAACUUUAACUUUUAAGUGACUGGUUAAAAUUGAGUGUUUGUGCAUAUGAAGAAAAAUGUAGGAUUCUCUCUCAUGACUGGUGACAUUUUAAAAGUAAAUAUUUCAGAAGAAUUUAUGCUGUGUAUUAAAUUAUGCCCAAGAUAAAUCUAUAAUAUCUUGAAAAUUCUAAUUCCAUUAUUACUGUGAUGUUUGUAGUGUUACUAUUAAACAUUAUAACAUUCAUUUUUAAACUUAAUUUGAAACCCAGAUUUUAAAAUGUGGGUAAGAGAGAAGGAAUCAUUAGAAAUGUAUCAUUUUGGGUGUCCAGUUUAUGAUUGAUUUUUUUAAACAAAUUACUGUAUUUUAAACUGCAACUUUUUUUUAAUGUUUUGAAAGGCAACAUGUGAGGUUCUUUUCCAUUUUAUUUGUUCUUUUAUGUUUUAGUUCACUCAAUAGACAUAAUAUUACUUAAAAACUCAGGGUCCCUUUCAACCCUUUGCACACUGAAAAACUUCAAUUGGUAGUAAACAAGCAAUUAGAUCCAGAUUUAAAAUGUUUGUUGCACACACAAUUCAUGUAAUGUUUUCUCUUUUUAUUUGACCUAAUUUAUGUAGAUACAUCAGAUUUCAGUAAUCAUAAAAAGUUGUCCAGUUCUAUAAUUACUGACUCAACUAAUUGGCUACAUGUUGCAGCACAUUUAGGCCUUAGAGCUGAAACACCAUCUUCAAACCAUUUCUGUUCUUUGGGUAAGUGGUUCUGCAUGAUGGGACAAAUCAUGUCAUUUUACUUUGUUUUUUAAUGGGAGAACUUGAUAAAGAAGUUCCUCUGAUAAAAUUUUCUCAAGAGGUAAUUUAGCAUUAUUAAACUAUCUUCUAAAAGUGAAUUAGUGAGUUUAUAGGUUUAGUAAUACCUUGGGUGGUUUUGCGAAGGUAACCUAUGGUAACCUAUUUAUCACGUUGUGAGAUCCAAAUAGAAUUUUUCUUUCAGACAAGUUCAGGCUCCAAAUUGGUAUGCUGUAUACUUAAUGUCCUUGUAGUGAAGUUAUUUGUAACCAGUCUCUUGUCUCAGGCUCUCCACCUUAUGACCAGUCCUCUGAAGUGUGAUAGGGAAACAUUUUUAAAGAAGAAUACUAAAAGAUUCAGUUAAUUCAAAGAUAGAUCCUGGUUUAACACUGAAUUGCUUGGCUUCUGUGGCUUUUCUUUUUCUGGUCACAUUUAUUUAUUUAAACAGUUUUUGUAUGCCUUGUCAUGUUUCCAUGGAGAUUAUAUUGUAUAAGUGUUUGUAUAAGCUGGAAUCAUCCUUAAUUUUCUGUUGAUAAUUUUUCAAAUGAAAAUAAGUGGAUAAUUGUAAAAAUACACUAACUCUUAUGGUGUUGUAGUAGCUGAAACAUGGAAAUGUGUAGCUGCCGUGCUUUUUCUGAAUGGACAGGAGAAACAUAAGCUACAGAGUUUUCACUUCUGAGGAUGCUUUUCUAGAAAAAGAAAGGCUGAAAAAUAUUGCAGUUCCUCAGAACCCUCUUUCUUGUUAACGGGUAUCUUUUGUUGGUGUGUUUUGCUCUUACAUUACCAAUAGAAUAUCAUAUAUGAAUUUAUGAAUAAUUACUUUCAGUUAUUUUGCUUUUGUAUAAGCCGUCUGAGACCUUGCUAUGCUGUAUAAGUUGUGUUUGAUGGAUCGGUGUGAGUAUGAAAUAAAGCAAAUCACUUUUCUUUUGUAUUCUCUAUGGAUGCCACUAUGAAAGCUGACAUUAAGCCACUAAAGAGUUUUCUAUGAAUAAUUGUAAGUAAAUGCUUUGAUAUAUAUAAACCUAAAUAAAAAGAUUGUAUUGAUACAGAGACAUUGGAGAAGGAGAUUUUAAGACAGUUCUUUAGGUUUAAAAAAGGCUUGCUGUAAAAUGGUGCAUUAUUCCACUUAUUAAAGAUCAUAUUAAUGACAACA